UAUGUCAUGAACAUCUUUGGCAGUGUAAAAAAUACUACGCUCUUCACCAGAUAUUCACGACACACUUACUAAUGACUACGGCAGAGACUUCAAACGCUGUUAGGCAGCGUCACAAGGCCAGUUCCAAUGGCACUAAGUCUGAGGAGAAAGCAGAGUCAGGGGAGCUGGGACAGUGGGGCAGGGCUUGGGAGGUAGACUGGUUUUCUCUGACCUCUGUAAUCCUGUUGCUCUGCUUCGCGCCCUUCAUCGUAUUCUUCUUUGUCAUGGCCUGUGACCAGUAUCAGUGUUCUAUCAGCCACGUGUUGCUGGACCUGUACAGCGGUGAUGCAUCUCCGCUUUCUAUUUGGCAACGUGCCCCUUCCUUAACAUGGACCGCCUGCAAGAUCUACGCUUUCUGGGUCACUUUCCAGGUGGUGCUGUACAUGUGUGUUCCAGAUGUUACCCAUAAGUUCCUGCCAGGCUACGUGGGUGGGGUUCAGGAUGGAGCUCGCACUCCAGCAGGUCUCGUUAACAAGUAUGAGAUCAACGGCCUGCAGUCUUGGAUUAUCACUCAUGCUCUGUGGUUUGCCAAUGCUCACUACUUCCAUUGGUUCUCACCGACCAUCAUCGUCGACCACUGGAUUCCCCUUCUGUGGUGUACCAACAUUCUAGGUUACGCCGUGUCCACCUUUGCUUUUAUCAAGGCCUAUUUAUUCCCUACCAAUGCAGAGGACUGCAAAUUCACUGGCAGUAUCUUCUAUAACUACAUGAUGGGUAUAGAGUUCAACCCACGCAUAGGGAAGUGGUUUGACUUCAAGCUCUUCUUCAAUGGGCGUCCAGGUAUCGUAGCAUGGACUCUGAUUAACCUCUCCUAUGCAGCCAAACAGCAGGAGCUCUAUGGCUACGUGACCAACUCCAUGAUUCUAGUAAAUGUCCUCCAGGCAAUCUAUGUGUUGGACUUUUUCUGGAAUGAAGCUUGGUACCUGAAGACCAUUGAUAUUUGUCAUGACCACUUUGGCUGGUACCUGGGCUGGGGAGACUGUGUAUGGCUGCCUUACCUCUACACACUCCAGGGCCUGUACCUCGUCUAUAACCCUGUUCAGCUCUCCACACCUCAUGCUGCUGCCGUCCUCACCUUGGGCCUGGUCGGCUACUACAUCUUCCGUGUCACCAAUCAUCAGAAAGACCUGUUCCGCCGCACAGAGGGGGCCUGCACCAUCUGGGGGAAGAAGCCCACUUUUAUUGAAUGUAGCUACCGCUCCGCUGACGGUGGUACACAUCGCAGCAAGUUGCUGACUUCAGGGUUCUGGGGUGUGGCCAGACACAUGAACUACACGGGAGAUCUGAUGGGCUCUCUGGCCUACUGCAUGGCCUGCGGAGGGGCGCAUCUGCUGCCGUACUUCUACAUCGUCUACAUGACCAUCCUGCUGGUUCACCGCUGUGUGCGCGAUGAGCACCGUUGCAGCAGCAAGUACGGCCAGGACUGGAACCGUUACACUGCAGCUGUGCCCUAUCGCCUGGUGCCUGGAAUCUUCUAGAAAAAGACGCAGUUAGAGGAGAGUAGGGAUAACAUCCAAAAUGGUUGUGAAGGUCUUGUUCUCACAUAUUCCAGAUUACUGAGAGUCUUAUGAGAGUGUGCUCCCACUCUGACUUUCAAGACAGCCUUAAAAUUUGGUUUUGACUGUGCCUGAUAUGGUGCGUGCGUGUGUGUGUGUGUGUGCGCAUAAACAAUGACAUUAUGAUUGCUUUGAGAAAAGGCAGUUGAAUACAAAAUAGUUAACAAGAAUGAUGACCAUGACGGUUUUUCUAGGAAUGACCUCUUCAUUCAAAGUACAUUCAAAUGAUGACAUGACAAAAACAUGAUGUGUGUUCAUUGCUCCUGAAGCUACACCAACAAAUAUAUUCAUAGAUGCUAUUUUUUAAAUAAAGCUGCAGACAGCUCAUGUUAUGUCACACUCAAAGAGGGACCUGUAGUGUGCAGCAGAUAUGUUGGCAUUACAUAUACAAAUAUAGAUGCAAACAGUUUGAUCCUUUUGAUUUUAUAAAUAUUUUAUAAAUAGACUUUAUGAAUAUUUUAUGUAUUCAAAAGCUCAAGGAAUUGCGUUGUUGAUCACCUCCUCUGAGUACAGGUUUACAGGAUCCAGAUAUGUAACUGAGUGUAGUUAUUUUAAGCUAUGGAUUUUAAGCUGUUCAUAUACAUUCCUUCUACGUUCUGACCUCCAGUAAUACCAUUCAUUUACAUGUUGAUUUUUAUUUCUUUCACUUCAAUUUUCAUUUUCUGUUCCGUAUUUUGGCAAAUACACUACCCAACUUUCCCUAAAACUCAUGUUUUGUUUUUACAUAUGUGUAGAGAUAAAUAAAUAUGAGUGCUCAUGUGUAAAUUUCCAGAGGUUGGAAUCCCAUGUGUCAAGCUGCCAUGCUGCUAUAAACACUGCUCUUCAAAAGUCUGUGGA